AAAAAAAUGGUGACCUUGAAUAUGAAAAACAGUCUUGUAGCUGUUAUCCUAGCGAACAUUCUUGCUGGAACCAUGCCUGGGAUGAUGGUGAAGGCUCAAUGUGAUAACAGAUGUGCAGCAAAUGAAUGUUGCAGUACAUUUGGGUACUGUGGAACAGGUCCAGAAUUCUGCGGUGCAAAUUGCGUAGGGGGUCCUUGUUCUAAUAAUGGAAUUUCCAUAGCUGACAUUGUUACACCCGAGUUCUUUAAUGGACUGUGGAACCAAGGCGCAACUUGUCCUGGUAAAAACUUUUAUUCCAGAGGAGCUUUUCUUGACGCUCUCAAUUCUUUCACUCGGUUCGCAAGGACUGGCUCAGUCGAAGAAUCCAGGCGUGAGAUUGCUGCUUUCUUUGCCCAUGCUAGCCAUGAAACUGAAGGUUUUUGCCACAUAGAAGAGACGGAUGGGGCCAACAAGGAUUACUGCAACGAGACAAUGACACAGUAUCCAUGUGCCCCUGGCAAAGGUUACUAUGGGCGUGGACCAUUGCAACUAUCAUGGAACUACAACUACGGACCAGCUGGUUCAGAUCUGCAGUUCGAUGGGUUAGGCGCACCAGAAACCGUGGCCCAUGACCCUCUUAUCGCCUUCAAAGCUGCCUUAUGGUUUUGGACGAAAUAUGUUGCUGCAGCCAUGAGCCAAGGGUUUGGGGCCACCAUUAGAGCCAUUAAUCCAAUUGAGUGUAACGGUGCAGAGCGUGACAAAGUUCAGUCUCGGAUUGAUUACUUCACACGGUACUGUAAUCAACUCAAUGUUGCUCCUGGGGUUAGUCUCACCUGUUAG